CUACUUUUUGUUGCUGUAAACGCCGACUAUAGUAUCGAUGAUUAUAACCAAGUUCAAAACUCAAGAAAUUUUACUGACAAAGUAGUGUUGGUGACAGGAUCCAGUUCCGGUAUAGGGGAGGGUAUUGUCAAACUUUUCUCAAUAUUGGGCGCCAAAGUGGUGGUUACCGGACGGACACCGGAAAAGGUUAAGCGUGUGGCCAAAGUGUGUAAAAGAUUAUCGCCUUAUAAAUUAAAGCCCCUCGAAGUGGUCGCAGAUCUGACCAAAAGUGAUGACUUGAAUCGUGUGAUCGCAGAGACGGUGAAGACUUUCGGAAGACUCGAUGUUUUGGUGAAUAACGCAGGGAUUCGGUCACAACUGACCACUAUUUUGCAGACCGAUGUCAUGAAGGCCUGGGAUCAGCUCUACUCCCUCGACCUCAGGGCUGUCGUAGAGCUCAUACAUGUG